AUGGUUUCUAAAUUCCAGCAGCAAUGUUCAUUCGCACAAGUAACAAAACCAACAACUCAAAGAGAACUUCUCUCUCAUAUCCCAGCACGAGCUUUGAAUUCUUAUAAAUCAUCUAACAGCAACAUGGGUGCAGGUGGUAAUAUGUUGGAUCCAUCUAAGGCCAACGAUAUACUAAAACGUGUCCCAGUUGAGCCACCAUUCUCAUUAAGUGAUCUAAAGAAAGCAAUCCCUGCCCAUUGCUUCGAGAGAUCAGUCAUCCGUUCAUCUUACUAUGUUGUUCAUGAUCUCAUUGUUGCUUACGUCUUCUACUUCCUUGCCGAUACCUAUAUUCCUAUUCUUCCUUCUCCUCUAGCUUAUUUAGCAUGGCCAGUUUACUGGUUCUGUCAAGCUAGCAUUCUUACUGGCUUAUGGGUCAUCGGUCAUGAAUGUGGUCACCAUGCCUUUAGUGACUACCAAUGGAUUGAUGACACAGUCGGCUUCAUCGUCCACUCCGCUCUCCUCACCCCUUAUUUCUCUUGGAAAUACAGCCACCGAAAUCACCAUGCCAAUACAAAUUCACUUGAUAACGAUGAAGUUUACAUUCCUAAACGCAAGUCCAAAGUCACGCUUUACUCAAAAGUUCUUAACAACCCACCUGGUCGAGUGUUCACUUUGGUGUUUAGGUUGACUCUAGGAUUUCCUUUAUACCUCUUGACUAAUAUUUCUGGUAAGAAAUAUGGAAGGUUUGCAAACCACUUUGAUCCGAUGAGUCCAAUUUUCACCCAGCGUGAACGGAUUCAAGUUCUGCUAUCGGAUUUUGGUCUUCUUGCUGCAUUUUAUGCAAUUAAACUUCUAGUAGAUAAGAAAGGUGCUGCUUGGGUAACCUGCAUAUAUGGAGUUCCGGUGCUAGGCGUAUUUGUCUUUUUCGUUUUGAUCACAUAUUUGCACCACACACAUCUGUCACUGCCUCAUUAUGAUUCAACUGAAUGGAACUGGAUCAGAGGGGCUUUGUCAACAAUCGAUAGGGACUUCGGCUUCCUGAAUAGAGUGUUGCAUGACGUUACACACACUCACGUCUUGCAUCAUUUGAUUUCAUACAUUCCACACUAUCAUGCGAAGGAGGCAAGGGAUGCAAUCAAACCAGUCUUGGGCGAGUUUUAUAAGAUUGACAGGACUCCGAUUUUCAAAGCAAUGUACAGAGAGGCCAAGGAAUGCAUCUACAUCGAGCCUGAUGAAAAUAGCGAGCACAAAGGUGUAUAUUGGUACCAUAAAAUGUGA